AUGGCAGUAAUAUUUACUGCUAUAUCGAGAAUGUGCAAUAAUUCUACAGUAAUUAAAUUUGGGUUACAGCAAGUAAGAAGUUUAUAUACAAAACCGAAAACACUUAGAGAUAUUAAAAGAAGAAACCUUGUGAAAGAAUUUGCUGUUACAAGACUACGAUACGUUGCCAUGAAAAGGAAUAACAUUUUACCCAAGUCUAUACAAGACUUAGCUAGCGAAGCUUUUAACGAUAUUCCUCGACAAUCAGCUCUUAGGCAAUUGACACCUCGCUGUGUUAUAACUUCAAGAGCAUAUGGCACUGUUCACAGAUGGAGGCUUUCCAGAUUUGUUUUUCGACACUUAGCUGAUUAUAACAAACUUUGUGGUGUUCAGAGAGCAAUGUGGUAGUUCUUUUAUAAAACGAUCAUAUUUUAAUAAAUUA